AACCUUUUCAGUUGCCAGAGUGCAAGGUCGAUGCUCUUGGGCCUUUUCCCCGCGCUUCUCCCUCCCAGACAGAUUUCAAAUAAAGGAACUCUCUCGCCCCUCGGGUAAACCGUCUCGUUCCUCUUCUUCUGCUCAAUUUCACGUCUACUCUUCCUGUGAUACCCCCAUCAAAAGUUUAUACACACAAUACCUGAACUAUGUCUCUAUUCACCAAGAUCGAAACCCCAAGCGUCACGUAUGACCAGCCGACCGGCUUGUUCAUCGACGGCAAGUGGGUAAAGGGUGUUGAGGGCAAGACCUUCGAGACCAUCAACCCUACCAAUGAGAAGCCCAUUGUCUCAGUGCACGAGGCUGGCCCAGAGGAUGUCGAUCUCGCAGUCAAGGCCGCCCGCAAAGCCUUCAACGGCGUCUGGGCCCAGACUCUCCCCUCAGUCCGAGGUCAGCUCUUGAGCAAGCUUGCCGACCUCUUCGAUGAGUACUCGGACACUCUCGCUGCCAUCGAAUCCCUAGACAACGGCAAGGCCCUCUCAAUGGCCAAGGUUGACGUCCAGCUGUCAUCCGGCUGCCUCAGAUACUAUGGUGGAUGGGCAGACAAGAUCCACGGCAAGACCAUUGACACCGACCCAGAGACCUUCAACUACACAAGACACGAGCCAGUCGGCGUUUGCGGUCAAAUCAUUCCAUGGAACUUCCCUCUCCUUAUGUGGUCAUGGAAGAUUGGACCUGCCAUUGCAACUGGUAACACUGUGGUCCUGAAGACCGCUGAACAAACACCUCUUUCUGCUCUUUACGCCGCCACCCUCAUCGAGAAGGCCGGCAUCCCGGCUGGUGUCGUCAACAUCAUCUCUGGUUUCGGCAAGACUGCUGGUGCAGCCAUCGCCUCGCACAUGGACAUCGACAAGGUUGCCUUCACCGGCUCCACCGUCGUUGGCCGAACCAUCCUCCAAGCCGCAGCCAAGUCAAACCUGAAGAAGGUCACUCUUGAGCUUGGUGGCAAGUCUCCCAACAUCGUCUUCAACGAUGCCAACAUCGAAGACGCCAUCUCGUGGGUCAACUUCGGUAUCUUCUUCAACCACGGCCAGUGCUGCUGCGCCGGUUCCAGAAUCUACGUCCAGUCCGGCGUGUACGACAAGUUCAUCGAGGCAUUUAAGCAGCGAACAGCCAAGAACGUUGUCGGUGACCCAUUCAAGCAGGACACCUUCCAGGGCCCUCAGGUCAGCAAGCUCCAGUUCGACCGCAUCAUGCAAUACAUCCAAUCUGGCAAGGAAGCCGGCGCCACGGUCGAGCACGGUGGUGACCGACACGGUGACGAGGGCUUCUUCAUCCAGCCCACUAUCUUCUCCAACGUCAGCCCAGAUAUGAAGAUCAUGCAAGAAGAGAUCUUCGGCCCCGUCUGCACCAUCAGCAAAUUCGAGACCGAGGAGGAAGUCAUCAAAGCCGGCAACGAGACCACCUACGGUCUCGCCGCUGCCGUCCACACCCAGAACCUCAACACCGCCCUGCGUGUGGCCAACUCGCUCAAGGCCGGUACCGUCUGGGUCAACAACUACAACAUGAUCAGCUACCAGGUGCCAUUCGGUGGUUUCAAGGAGUCCGGUAUUGGCCGUGAGCUCGGCAAGUACGCGCUCGCCAACUACACCCAAGUCAAGUCUGUCCGUGUCCGACUCGGUGGUGCUCUCUUCGGCUAGAAGAGUUGCUCGCAUAAAGUUAAAACAGUAAAACCAGAUAACAGAAACAAUGAGGCUGUGACAGCAACUGAAGCAGUGAAUUCGGAACAUGGUGCCUGCGGCUUCGGUUGGUUGGCGUGCCUGGGGACGAAAACUGCAUUUGCCCCGGGGUUUGAUCUAGCGUUGCCCUGGUCUAUCGAUAGUCAUGUACAUGUUAAUGAGAUAUGAGAGAAAACUAUUGAUCUGACCAUGUCCCAUUGAGGUGUGGACCGCAAUGCGUGCUUCGAUGCUGUUUCCUGCGUGAUGACCCUCACCCAGCCAGCAUAACCAUCAUACUAAUUUUUUUGAGGAAUAGGCAUACGAGAUCCUUU